UCCUCGCGACACACGAUGGUCUGGCAACAAGUGCUUUGGUUUUUUUCGCUUGUAUUAUGUCUCGUUGGAGGUGAACAACAAAGCGAAAAACUCAUUUCUGUCUUCCUUUUGGCCAGACAUGGUGAAAGGUACCCUUGUCAUCAUCUCCAUCAUCCCGACUACCCAGGAAAAUUCCUAUCCAAUACGUGCCAGUUAACCGUGGGUGGUGCAAAACAGCACGUUGAACUGGGACAAUUCAUUCGCGAACGCUAUUCAAGUCUUUUUACAUCGACAAAUUUUAAUCAGAAAGAUGUUCACAUUCGGAGCACAGGAACCGAAAGAACACUUCUCUCGGCUGCCUACUUCGGACUCGGUUUCAAACUCAAUGCCUCGAAUGAGCUGCCUUUACUCUCAGCCGUAUUCUCCACUCCCAAACGCUAUGAUUCGCUGCUCAAGAUGUCGAGUCCAUGUCCUGCUUUUAAACGACUGAUGAGGCAGUCACUCAACUCCAAUCUGGCCAAGGACUUUGCUAAUGGUGAAAGGCAACUAUUUGAGGACCUCAAAGAAUUUACAGACACAGAAUUUGAUUUCAACGCCCUUCAUCAUCACCUGCCAGAGGCGUGGAAGCUAUGCGAGCCGAUAUUCGUCUGGAGCCAUUUGGAAAGCGCUGGUGGAGGCUCGCGACCUCCCUUUAGCUCAGCUCUCGUCGCAGCCUGCCACCGGGUGCUCAGUUUCAAGCAGCAACUUCGUUUUGUCAGUCCCGAUCAAACUUACCUUCGUGGCGGCCCCCUCUGGCUCCACUUGGUCCGCACUCUUCGAUUCCAGCUGGCGGGCGAGGAGGCAAGUCCCCCCGACCCCGAAAUCGACGGCUCAGACAUUCUAGACAUUCCACUCUCCAAAACCAGCCGGAUAAUUGCCUAUUUCGCCCACGAUUCAACCCUUGCCGCCUUCCUCAGCCACCUUGGCAUGUUCAACAAAAUCUUGCCACCGUUUGCAAGUGCAAUUAUUGUGGAAUUGCACAAACUCCAGAACGACGAAUUGGCGUUGAGAUUCUUCUACCGCAACGACACCGCCUCUUCACUGCUGACUCCUCUAACCACCAAGUUCUGUGAAGGUCAAGAAGCCGUAUGGUGUAGGCUGAGCAGCCUGGAGGCGCGCCUGAAAGAAACUGUGGCCGAAAACGUGGAAGCUGCCUGCUCGUCCGAGUCGCCAACCUUCCCAUUGGCCACUCUGGUGGCUGUCAGUGCACUUGCGAUCUCCACAAUCUUCGCUUUCCGGCUUCCAAGAGGUGUAACCGUGUGCUUACUCGUUGGCCUGUUGUCGGUCCUCGCUGUCUACCGAUAUUCAAGUCAAUUGUAG